CACCGGCAUUUUACCCCAAGUAUAAAGAUAUGUUCGACUUUCACUGAUAUUUCUCAUGUAGAGUGAAUUAUUCUCUAAGUCCUUGGUGUAAAAACGAACAAGAUCACUGGGAGACUGUCUUAUAAAAAUCAGACACGCUGAAUGUAUUUGAGUGUAAACAGUAUAAGAGAAUGAUGAGAAAAUUUCAGAUAAACAUGGAUUGUUUUUGGAAAUAUUUUGCGAUUCUUUAUAUUUUAUCGUUUUGUAGUGUUUUUGCAGCUGAGGACAAGAAUGGGACAAUUUUCAAAACACCUGAAUACAUUAUACCAUGUUACAAAGCAGACCCCAACAUAAACAACUGUCUCCAAAACACAUUUAACCAUCUGCGACCGUACUUGGUAAAGGGUCUGGAGGAUAUCAACGUACCAAGUAUAGACCCUUUCAAACUGGACAGAAUGGUCAUCGAAAAUGGACAAGGUCCACUGAAAGUUAAAGCUUCUUUCUAUAACGUUACCGCUGUAGGGGCUCAAAAUUACACAGUACAGAGGAUAAAUGCCGACGUAGACAAGUACGUCAUCGAAAUCGGAUUCAAAUUCCCCAGAAUGGACAUCCGAGGCAAGUACGACGUCAACGGUAACGUACUGCUGUUCCCCGUCAGAUCCAAGGGAGAUUUUUGGGCAAUAUUCCUUGAUAUCGAAGCAGCCACAAAGAUUUUCGGAAAGGAGUUCACGAAAAACGACGUCAGGUAUAUGAUGGUCGACAAGAUGCUUGUGGAUUUCAGAUUGAAGAAAAGUCGAUUUAGGAUUAGAGAUAUAGUGAAUCAUGGAAAUGUUAUAGGCGAGGCUAUGAACAAUUUUUUGAACCAAAACUCGGAAGAAAUCAUAGCCGAGAUGAAACCAGCAGCAAAAGCUUCAAUUGCAAGGCAUUUCAAAGGAUUUUUGAAUGAUGCUUUUACGCAGUUACCUUUAAAAGUAUGGUUACCCGAUGCUUAAAACCCCUGGUAUUAGAUAAGAAAAAUAAUUUAUUUUUUAAUUAAAAGUACCUAUACAAUCUUAAAUAAGAAAAAUGGCAGUAUUUAUGAUUAGUAGCUAGUUAUACAUUAUCUUAACUCAAAACGAAUUUUAAGGCACUAGUUUGGAUUAAUUAGUUUAUUUCUGACAUCAAGGACAAAGAAAAGUAUAAUGUUAUAACUGUCAGUUUGUUCUGAAACAUUGUGAUACAUUAUUUUUAUAAUUAAGUUUACUUAGCAAAUUAAUUUAGACUUAUAUUA